CUUCUCCAGAAUCCCUUUAAAAGGCUCCAACAAAUCAACAAUUUCUCUAUUUGCUUCCUGUCAUUAAGAUUCUUUAUUACUGUUCUUCAAUUUUCUAUUUUAGCAUCCUCUUUAUAGUUUAUAUACUUUGGAUUACUAUCGCUAGAAAAAACUGUCUGGGAAUUGCUCUUGAUCCGAGUAUAUCCCAAAAUCCACAGCGCAAUGAGUGAUCAAAAGGAUCAGCCUCAAGCUUCUGAUCUCCCUGCUGCUGCUGCGGCGCUUAGUGCUGAGGAUCGUGCAGAUCUUGUAAACGCCAUCAAGAAUAAGCUUCAGGAGUUGUCAAUGGGCCAUUCUGAUUUUCUGGAAUCUCUUCCCCCCAAAGCUAGGAAACGUGUGGAUUUCCUAAGGGAGAUUCAGAGCGAACAUGACGAGCUCGAGGCGAAGUUUUUUGAAGAGAGAGCGGUGUUAGAAGCAAAGUUCCAGAAGCUUUAUGAGCCACUGUAUACCAAGCGUUACGAGAUUGUGAAUGGUGUGAGUCACAUUGAAGGAGUCUCGGAUGAGAGUUCAAUGGACCAAAAAUUAGAACGAACUGUUGAAGAAAAAGGUAUUCCCCAUUUCUGGCUCACAGCAAUGAAGAAUAAUCAAACACUUUCUAGAGAGAUUACUGAGAAUGAUGAAGGUGCCCUCCAUUAUCUUAAAGAUAUUAAGUGCAGUAGACUUGAUGGUGAAAAGGGUUUUAAGCUUGAGUUCUUCUUCGACCCAAAUCCCUAUUUUAGCAACAAUGUGCUGACUAAAACAUAUCGCAUGAUUAGCGAGGAGGAACAUAUCCUAGAGGAAGCAAUAGGGACUGAGAUUCAGUGGCUUCCUGGGAAAAACUUGACGCGGAAGAUUUUAAAGAAGAAACCAAAGAAAGGAUCCAAGGAAACCAAGCCAAUCACAAAAGUUGAGGACUGUGAAAGCUUCUUUCUCUUUUUUGAUCCACCUCAACUACCAGAAGAUGAAGAGGCAAUUGAAGAGGAAACGGCUGAACUGCUUCAGUGUCAGAUAGAGCAAGAUUAUGAGAUCGGGUCAACCAUCCGAGAAAAAAUCAUUCCUCACGCUGUGUCAUGGUUUACUGGAGAGGCUGUUCCAGAUGAUGAAGAUGACGAAGCUAACGAGGAUGAUGAGGAAGCGGAAGACAUAGAAGAUGAUAUGAACAAGAAUGAAGAACGUGAAAAGAAAACUGAUAAUAAGUGAUUCCUGAGGGGUAAAAAGACAAGCCAGUGGACAGUAGCGUUGUGAGUAGCCUAAAGUCGAGAUCAAAAUGUGCUUCUGAAGAUUGUAUUUGUGUCACAGAGUGUUUUAUCAUUAUAAUUUGUUCAUUAUUUAUUAUUUGAUAUCAUUGUUCUUUUCUUCAUCUCGAAGUAAAAGGGGCAUGAUCUGCAGCAGUUUGAAUACACAGAUAAGUUUUUCCGCCAACCGGUGAAAGUCUCUCCUGAGGGUUUGCAGUAUUUGUUUGAUCAGCAUAUCAUGUUAGUUCCAUGGAAAAACAGUGUUGAACAAAAUCCUUAUACAUCAUUUCAUGUUUUGCAUGUCAUUUGAAGUGGCAUAUUUAUUCCGGAGUAAUAUUUCAAAUUUCAAGUAAA